UGCAACGAACGCGCGAAUCCUUCGCCCUUCCUCAGCGUUUAGCUGGCGUUGCUUAUCCAAUGAUGGCUCGGAGAUGCCAGCCGUCCCCAGGAGACUUUACUCACGCAUUUGCGGUCCUGUUGGACACACGGCCGGAUAAUAAUACGAAGGAUUCACAAGAUGAAGCUGCCCAAAGUGCUGGAUCAUGAUAUUAUGCGGCGCGGAGGGUCAAGCUACAAGGAGGAGCAAGAAUUAUUCAUAGCCCAGAGGUUGCCAUGACCUCUUUGUGAGUCCCGUGAUUUGAAUGCUGCACUGUCGCCUCACUAUCAUACGAUAUGUAGGAUUAGACGACAAGUUCAUGAUAUGUGCUUGGGUGAUUGCUAUCUCACUCGGUAUUCAGAAUGGUUUUCUUGUCAGCUGGGGAACUGGGCGACACAAUGUCGAUUUAGAUCAUUCAAUUAUUAUGGUCCCUACGUUCAAGCACUGGUAUGCAUAUCAGCUAGUUUACCCUUGGGCGUUGCUCUUCGUCAAAGCUAGCAUACUGGCACUCUACUACCGGAUCUUCACACAAACAAAUUUUCGCUACGCUGUAUACGCCGUUAGUAUAUUCGUCACUGUUCAGACCAUUGUAGUCACUUUUGUCAACGCUUUCGAAUGCGGUGCGAAAGAGCCAUGGAGAGCAUGGGUCCCUACCUUUCCCAAAGGAUGCAACGACCUUCCUAGGACGUAUUUCGCGAUGGCCUCUGUCAACAUCCUCACAGAUCUCUUCAUCCUAGCCCUGCCAAUGCGAGCUUUUGGACAGCUAAAACUCCAACGAACAAAGCGCAUUGCACUCCUCGGUGUCUUCAUGGUCGGAAGUGUAGCUGUUAUCGCAUCCAUUGUCCGUCUCUACGCCCUUUGGGUAUACGCUGUAACAGACGACCCACCCUACGACGACAUAUUCAUCCUCCUUCUUUCCCAAAUCGAGAUAAACGCUGCUAUAAUAUCCGCUUCAGCACCCGCCCUCCGCCCUCUCCUCAACAAAGCCUUUACUUCGUCCUCGCACGACCGCUCUGGCCCAGGCUACCCAGCUUCUUACGCACCUGGCGGCCAAAACAGCAAGAUGUUUAGUCGCGCAGCUAGAACACAUUCGAACGGACAAAUGGAGCUCUACACAUUCAAUGGGGGCAAUAGGGCUAUCAAUGUACCAGUAGGGGGUACGCGCAAUACGAGCGAGGAAUCGAUAUUGGGUGUGGAAGGUAUUACAAAGACCGUGGACAUGACAAUCGAAGAAGACUAUGUGAGGGAGUCAGUACAUGGGAAGAGUGGAGAGACGCAGGGGUAUAACGGUGUAAGACAUAGCGAUGUAUAAAUUGAGUAGAC